AAUAAAUAAUGAGUCGACCAAUUAACAUGAAUUGGUUGAGUUCACCAGAGGGUGAAUCUCUUUUGCAUCAUUUUUAUGAUCACACAAAAAAAAAACGUCGAAUUUAUGGUAUUUUGGAAAUGCCAUGUUUACCACCAUCAAUUGAAGAAGUUGUUAAUUACAAAAUAUUUAUGGUUGGUCGUGAUACAACAUCAGUUGUUGCUCGCCUAUCUGGCAUUGUUGGUACAAACAUAAUAAACAAUGAUAUAAAUGGUAUUAAAAAAACAAUAAUAUAUUGGCCAAUUAAAAUAUGGGAUAAAAUAAUAUUAUUUAAAUUAAAUUUUUGGGAUACAUCUGAAAAUAGUAUUAAAAAAUAUAAUCAUAUAUUACCAGCAUGCAAGGAUAAAGUUGAUGCAAUUUGUUCAGUAUUCACAUUUGAUGAUGUAACAAGUUUUAAUGACAUUCCAUAUUUAAUGAACUCAAUGUGUAAUAUCAAAGAUAAACCAGCAAAUAUUGUUAUUGGUAGUAAAUAUAAACCAUGGUCAACACAGUCAGUUGUUGAUGGACAAAUUAAAGAAUUUGAAGCUAAAUGGAAAUUAAAAAUCAUCAAAAUAGAUGUUAAUAAAUUCUCAGCAAGACCAGAAAUAUUUGAUGUAUCAUAUCAAUUAAAUACCAUCUGUAAAAUUUUAUGGAAUCGUGAUCAAGAGUUUAUAACAAAACAAAUAGUUCAAGUUUAA